AUAAUAUUGUGAGCAACUAGGUAGUGACAUUUUGUCAUGUUAAUGCCUCGUAGUAUUUAUUACAAUUCUAGAACAAUUUCAUGAAACGACUCAUAAGGAAAUUGUUUUUGUAACUGUUUAUACAUUUCACUUGUUAUUAUUAGUUUCAGGUAUUUAAUAUGGAUAGCCCAAGCACGAGUGGUUUAGAAACUACUGUCAGAAGUCUAGAUGGCUCAUUUUUCGAUGACUCAUUUAAUGUGAGCCAUGAAGUUGUUCUUACAUCGACGCCAAUUAAGAAACCACAAGACAGAACUCCUCAAGAAUACUUAUGUGAUAUAUGUGGUGCAGAAUACAAAAGCCAAUCAGGCUUAAGAUAUCACCGCGCAAGCAAACAUGGUAUUGAUGUAAAACAAUGUUCUCAAUGCGAUAUGUCAUUUAGGAGAAUCGAGGAUCUUAAUGAUCAUAUGAUUAGCCAUGGACAGCGACUUCCAUAUACAUGUGAUAACUGUCAAAAAACAUUCCAACAUCUCAAAAGUCUUCGACGCCAUGCGUCAGGAUGUGGAUUGACGGAAGCGUUCAGGUGCAAGACGUGUAACAAAUGCAGAAUUGUUUAAAAUGAAUAUAAAUAUGUUAGACUCGCGCACCC